GCUUCAAAUUUCAUGGAACAAACAUAGACUUGAAAACUCAUUGGCAACAUGCUAGGAAACGUAUCUAUUGUUUUCCAAGAUGGAAACACGGUUAUUAUUGUUGGGUUGGCGCGUUGUGGCGGGAAAAAAACACCCUAGAUUUUCAAUUCCAAGCUCUGGGUUUCAGAUGAGUUAGAAAAAUGAAUCCUCCAAAACCCAUCUCGCCUUUCAGACUUUCCUCUCUUCUUCGCCUCCAGAAUGAUCCAAAACUCGCUCUCCAGCUCUUCCAGAACCCUAAUCCUGACCCUAAACCCUUUCGCUACACCCACCUCUCCUACGACCUCAUCAUCACCAAGCUCGGCCGCUCCAGAAUGUUCCACGAAAUGGAACAAAUCCUCUCCCAAUUGCGCCGAGAAACUCGAUUCUCUCCCAAAGAGAUCAUCUUCUGCAAUGUCAUCUCCUUCUAUGGACGGGCCCGCUUGCCCGAUCGUGCAAUCCAGACCUUUGAGUCCAUCCCGGAAUUUCGCUGUCAGAGAACGGUAAAAUCUCUGAAUUCGCUUUUGAAUGCUCUGUUGAACUGUAAAGAAUUUGAGAAAUUUGAUGGGAUUUUGUCGGGUAUUGAUAAGUUUGCGACUCCGGAUGUGUGUACUUAUAAUAUAUUGAUUAAUGCUUGCUGCUUGAGUGGUAGUUUGGGCGAUGCAUGGAAUGUGUUUGAUGAAAUGUUGAGGAAGCAUGUCUGCCCCAAUGUGGUGACUUUUGGGACCUUGAUUAGUGGGCUUUGUGGGGAUUCGCGCUUGGACGAGGCUUUUAGGUUGAAGGAGGAUAUGGUGAAGGUUUUUAAUGUUAAACCAAAUGCUUUUGUUUAUGCUUCAUUGAUGAAAGGGCUUUGUAGGGUUAAUGAGUUGAGUUUGGCUUUUGAGCUUAAGAAGGAGAUGGUGGCAAAUAAAUUAAGAUUAGAUUCAGGAAUUUAUUCCACUUUGAUUGCUGCAUUGUUUAAGGUCAGGAGGAAGGACGAGGUUUUUGUGGUUUUAGAGGAGAUGAGAGAGAACGGGUGCAAACCUGAUACUGUGACUUAUAAUGCUAUGAUUAGUGGGUUUUGUAACGAGAAGGAUUUUGAAGCGGCAUAUGGUGUCUUGGAAGAGAUGGUGGCGAAGGGAUGUAAGCCCGAUGUCAUUAGUUAUAAUGUAAUUAUUAGUGGGUUGUGUAAAGAGGGGAAAUGGAGAGAAGCAAAUGAUUUAUUUGAAGAUAUGCCAAGACGGGGAUGCACUCCUGAUGUGGGGUCAUACCGGAUUCUUUUUGAUGGGCUUUGUGAAGGGAUGCAGUUCAAUGAAGCAGCAUUUAUUUUGGAUGAGAUGGUUUUUAAAGGUUAUGCUCCUAAGAGUGCCAGUAAAACUAAAUUUGUUGAGGCAUUGUGUCAGGAAGGGAACUUGGAGUUGUUGUGCAAAGUUUUGAAUAGCUUGGUAAAAGGAAAUGUUAUUGAUGGAGAUGCAUGGGGUUUGGCAGUUUCUAAGGUUUGCAAGAAGGAACAGCUGUCAAAUGGCUCUGAACUUGUUGAUAUCUUCCUGAAGGAUACUGAGACUGUGCCAAUCAGAUAAAUAGUUGCUUUCAUACAAUUGUAGGUCUGGCUCCUCCUUAAUGCAUUAGAGGGUGAGGCAUCUAAUUCUACCAUCCUGAUAAAAUAGUGACACAUGGAUGAAAUUCUGAUUCUUUAGUAUCUUCUGCCACCAUACCCCCCUCCCCCCGUGCCUACUCUUCAAUUAGGAUGAAGCCCAUGUGGGGAUCUGUACAGCAGAAGCUAGAUGAGCUUGAUGUUGAAGAGUCAGAUCAGACAUGAGGGUGUUCUCUUCAGUAUCAACUCCAAGGAGUCCAACAUGGGAUUGCAGAAUGGCAUUGCUUUUGUUUAUUGGGGGGUUUCAUAUCUUUUCUUGAAUUUCUGUAAUUUUUUUAGUGUUUUAUGUGUAUUUUCAUAAUUUGUGAAUUAGGUGAAAAAAAAUUAUUGUUCUUGUCUUGGUUUUAAGGCUUUCUUUGAUAUUCAACUUGUUUUUCUGCAUUGAUCAUCUGAAACCAUUUGUCCUCUACACUUAUAUUUUCAUAUAUUUUUCUUUGUCAUUUAUAGUUGUCAAAUAAAUUUCUAGGGUGCUAAUGCAGAAAAGUCAAAAUUGGUGGAGAUUAGAUUUCACUGAAUAUGGAAAAUUGCUGAAAAUCUGAUUCAGAGUGGAAACCAACCAAAGGGGCAGUUUCCCAGGAGUUGAUUUUCUCAUGCUUCACUAUCUAUUCCUCAUUCAUUCUUUACAUUCAUGCUCGAAUGCUCAUGUUUCAAAGCUGCCCUUGUUGCUUUGCAUUUAUGUACUACUAUAUAAUGUGUAUUGAAUUUCCCAACUCCAUAUUGUGAAGAAAGGGAAAGAAAAUGCUAAAAUGAUCAAAAUAGGCUUCCUUUCUAAUGCAUUUUGUUUUGUUUUUUUCUUUUAUGUUUAUGCAGAACUAAAGGAAAUGUUGGUUCAUUUUGAGUGGAACUAUGAAGUUUAAUGUUGUUAGAUUAAAUUGGUUAUUAAAUGUAUAAUUACAGUCGAUCAAUCUAAAUUGCAUUUACUGUUGGGGCUGGUUUUAUUUUAUUUUUAUUUUUAAUUUCCAUAGAAAAGGAAGAGAAUUAAUGAAAAGAACUUGCACACAAUGAUUUUGCUAUGUCCUUGUCUCUGUUCUAUCCUUAGCAUGGUAAAUUUACUCCACAAUGUGCUAAAACAUACUUUAAAUAUGGUCUUCUACUGCAGCAUGGUGUAAUUUUUUGCCCUACGCUAAUUGAAGAAACAUGAUAAAUAUUCUCCAAUAUUCUCCGAGCUUAGCUUCAUGCUAAAAUAUUUAUUGAGAUGAAAGGAGCCUGAAAGGUUUUUCCCUUUUCCUGGAAAACUUUCCACAGCUGGUUUUCUAUCAAUAGAAAGGGAGUCUGGAUGAGAAGAAAAAAAUGGAGUUUGACAUGCAUCAUUCUUUCUUAAUCCUAACAAAAGGUGUUUGGUAGUACAUGAAACAUAUUUGAUGCUAUUGCAUGUUGUGCUCUCAUUGUUUUUUGCUGCACACUCAAAUGGAAAUUCUUAUGCACAUACACUUACUGAUGUCCUAACAGGGGAAGACAUGGACUUUGCUUAUGAAUGCAUUUUGGCCUUUUUCAAGCAGGGAAGACAACCCAGAGGCAGUUUUUGGAGCUAAAGAAGGGCUAAAAAUAUAAUUCAUCUCCAUUGCCAUCAGAGGAGAGCUGUGAAGCACAGACAGGGAUUGUGAUACAACCAUCAGCUCCUCUCCCUGCUGUCAUUGCCCCCUUAGCUACCACAUUCACAGGCCAACUAGAGGAGAGCUCUUCUUCACUACCAUAGCUACACCUUGCUCGGGAACUCUAGAGCAGCAGUGUCAGCAUGAUCACCUUCCAUCCUCCAUUAAAGGGAAACCCACUUCUCUCUUCCAUCUAUUUCUCAAGGGCAGAAGGCAGAAGGUUGUGAGAGAAACAUGAGGUUGAAGCUUGGGGAAUUGUCAUUCAUGGUUUAAAACAUGAAUAUUACAAUGAGUUUGUUUCUGCUAUUUGAGGAUAAUUAAAUCAACCAUUACUUUUA